CGCCCCUCCUUCCCUCUGCUGUGAGCUCAGAGCAGCAGGACAAAGUGCCUGGGACAAGGAUAGAGGCCCAAGAGCAGCCAUGGGCUCUGGAGGAGCAGGCCUCCUUGGGCCCCUGGGGCCCCUGCCUCUCCUGCUUCUGCUUGUCACGGGAGGCACGGCUCAGGACUCCCCACCCCAGAUCCUAGUCCACCCCCAGGACCAGCUGCUCCAAGGCCCUGGCCCCGCCAAAAUGAGCUGCCAAGCCUCGGGCCAGCCACCCCCCACCAUCCGCUGGCUGCUGAAUGGGCAGCCCCUGAGCAUGGUGCCCCCAGACGUCCACCACCUCCUUCCUGAUGGGACGCUCCUGCUGCUACGGCCCCCUGCCCAGGGACGUGCCCACGACGACCAGGCCCCAUCCACAGACCUGGGCAUCUACACGUGUGAGGCCAGCAACACGCUGGGCACAGUGGUCAGCCGAGGAGCUCGGCUGUCUGUGGCUGUCCUUCGGGAGGACUUCCAGACCCAGCCUCAAGAUACAGUGGCCACUGUGGGCGAGCAGGUGAUUCUGGAAUGUGGGCCGCCCUGGGGCCACCCAGAGCCCACAGUCUCGUGGUGGAAAGAUGGCAAACCCCUGGCCCUACGGCCAGGGCGGCACUCGGUCUCCAGGGGCUCCCUGCAGAUGGCAAGAGCAGAGAAGAGCGAUGCAGGGACCUAUAUGUGCGUGGCCACCAACAGCGCAGGACAACGGGAGAGCCGGGCAGCCAGGGUAUCUGUCCAGGAGCCCCAGGACUACAAGAAGCCUCUGGAGCUGCUGGCCGUGCACAUUCAGCUGGAAAACGUGACCUUGCUGAACCCAGACCCUGCAAAGAGCACCAAGCCUGAGCCUGCUGUGUGGCUCAGCUGGAAGGUGAGCGGCCCUGCAGCACCUGCUCAGUCCUACACAGCCCUCUUCAGGGUCCAGACGGCCUCAGGAGGCCCAGGAGCUCCAUGGGCGGAGGCCCUGCUGGCUGGCUGGCAAAGUGCGGAGCUUGGAGGCCUCCUUUGGGGCCAAGACUACGAGUUCAAAGUGAGACCAUCCUCUGGCCGGGCUCAAGGCCCUGACAGCAACGUGCUGCUCCUGAGGCUGCCCGAGCAAGUGCCCAGUGCCCCUCCCCAGGAGGUGGCCUUAAAACCUGGCAAUGGCAGUGUCCUUGUAAGCUGGGUCCCACCACCUGCUGAAAACCACAAUGGCAUCAUCCGUGGCUACCAGAUCUGGAGCCUGGGCAACACCUCGCUGCCCCCAGCCAACUGGACCGUGGCCGGUGAGCAGACCCAGCUGGAGAUCGCCACCCGAAUGCCAGGUUCCUACUGCAUACAAGUGGCUGCAGUCACUGGCGCCGGGACUGGGCCUCCCAGUAGCCCUGUCUGCCUCCUUUUAGAGCGGACCAUGGAGCGAGCCACCCAAGAGCUCAGUGAUGGUCCCUGGACUCUGGAGCAGCUGAGGGCCACCUUGAGGCGGCCAGAAGUGAUUGCUGGUGGGGGUGUCCUGCUCUGGCUGGUGCUGCUGGGCACAGCGGUGUGUGUCCACCGCAGGCGCCGAGCUGGGGUGCACCUGGGCCCAGGUCUGUACAGGUACACCAGUGAGGACGCCAUCCUAAAGCACAGGAUGGAUCACAGUGACUCCCCUUGGCUGGCAGACACCUGGCGUUCCACCUCUGGCUCCCGGGACCUGAGCAGCAGCAGCAGCCUCAACAGCAGGCUGGGAGUGGACCCCCGGGACCCACUAGACUGUCGCCGCUCCCUGAUCUCCUGGGAUCCCCGAAGCCCUGGUGUGCCCCUGCUUCCCGACACCAGCACUUUUUAUGGCUCCCUCAUCGCUGAGCUGCCUGCCGGCCCCCCGGCCCGGCCAAGCCCCAAGACCCCAGCUGUCAGGCGUCUCCCACCCCAGCUGGCCCGGCUCUCCAGCCCUUGGCCCAGUCCCGACAGCCUCGGCAGCCGCAGGGGCCUCGCUUCUCCUCUGGCCCCCGCAGAGGCUUGGAAGGCCAAAAAGAAGCAGGAGCUGCAACAAGCCAAUAGCUCCCCACCCCUCCGGGCCAGCCGCCCUAUGGAGCUCUGGGCCUGGGAGUUGGGGAACAGAGGCUCCAAGAACCUUUCCCAAAGCCCAGGCUUUUGCUCCCCAGGAGUUGUGCCCCAGGCUCUGGUGGCCUGGAGGGCCCUGGGACCGCAGCUCCUCGGCUCCUCCAAUGAGAUGGUUUCACGCCCUCUCCCCCCAGCACCCCUCGCUCCACGUGGAGCCCCUACUCAGAGUCAGCAGACCCAGCACUCUGCAGAGCCCCAAGCUCCGUCCUCCCACCCACUGCCAGCAGCCCCCAUCCUGAUCCCCUCCAGCCCCCAGGCCUCUUCCCUCUCCGGGCCCAGCCCAGAGUCCAGUCGUCUGUCCAGCUCUUCACUGUCAUCCCUGGAGGAGGAUCAGGACAGCGUGCUGACUCCUGAGGAGGUGGCCCUGUGCCUGGAGCUCAGCGAGGGUGAGGAGACCCCCAGGAAUAGUGUCUCUCCUAUGCCAAGGGCUCCUUCACCCCCUGUUACCUAUGGCUACAUCAGCAUCCCGGCUGCCUCAGAGCUGGCAGACAUGGGCAGGGCCGGAGGAGGGGUGGGAUCCGAAGUGAGGGGCUUGCUGUGCCCGCCCCGGCCCUGCCCCACCCCUACCCCCAGCGAGGGCUCCCUGGCCAACGGCUGGGGUUCAGCCUCCGAGGACAAUGCCCCCAGUGCCCGAGCCAGCCUCGUCAGCUCCUCCGAUGGCUCCUUCCUUGCUGAUGCUCACUUCGCGCGGGCCCUGGCGAUGGCUGUGGACAGCUUUGGCUUUGGUCUGGAGCCCAGGGACGUGGACUGCGUCUUCAUGGAUGUCUCCUCUCCUCCUUCCCCCCGCGAUGACCUCUUCCUGACCUCCACCCUCUCCCUGCCCCUGUGGGAGUGGAGGUCAGACUGGCUGGAGGACGUGGAGAACAACCGUAGCCAGCGGCUGGGAAGGGGGCUGCCUCCCUGGCCCCCCGAUUCCCGGCGCUCUUCCAGAAGGAGUCAGCUGGACCGUCCUGAGCCCAAGGCCACCAACUCUUCAUGAAGCGUGCCUGGGACUGCCUAGAAGAGAAUCAAGACCCUCCAGUGGAGCCUCAGCCUUGGCCUCUGCUUCUCUGCAUCUGGGGGACCCCUUGCCGGGCAUCCAGGGAAGUUCUCCAGCCAGGAUUGUGAAAACAAAUGAAAGCAAAACAAAAUAAGCACAAAGCAGACCCAGGGCCCUCAGGGAGCGAAGUUAUCACGGCCUGCCUCCUCGUCCUGGCUUUCUCCUCCUUCCAUCCAUCCCACCACCAGGUCCUUGGGCCUGAGAAGUAGCCUUAUCUCCAGAUCGUCCCACCCCCUUUGGAUUAUGGGAACUGGGGGGAGCCAGAGGUCUUCCCAGAGGACAACAGCAGCCUGGGGACAGGCGGCCAGGGAAGGAGCUUUACAGAGCCACCCCUCUCAGGAGGGGAACGUUCCUUCCCACAGGGGCAGGCUCCCCUCCCCCCAGCCACACCCUUGAAAGGAGGGAAGGAGGGACAGCACUGAAGCGCCAGGCCCCCUCCUUGGUACCCAGGCCGAGGGGCCAGAAUCCAUCCGAGAAAAGGUGGGACUAAACACCCUCCUCAUACGUGGACUCUGUGAGCUUAAGAAACUGAUACCAUAAACGUGUGAUGACUUGA